GGUUCAGAUCUCCUGUCCUAAGGCCUAUAUAAUCACAUCCAAUAAAUUUAUAAAAGGCCCAGAGUCCUCAGGCUUUUAAUUGCAAGGAAGGUAUUGUCUCAAGAGAAGCUUCUGGCACCAUCCACUAAAACCCCCAUCAAGGUCAUCUCUUAUAAGUUCUUGGUUUCUCUCUCUAGUUUCAGUUGAAACCCAGUAAAGAUACAAGCCCUGUUUCUUUGCUUUCUCUCUCAUACCCAUAUUUUAUCAUCACCCUUUUUCUUUUUUUUUUAUCAGAAGUUUACCUGUUUUCUCUCUGAACUUGAGCUUCUGAGGCCAUAUUUGAAGCUCUUUCCUUGAAGUUUUAGAUUCACAAUGGGGAACAGCAAAAUAGAGGGGACUUUAGAGUAUUUCUCAGAUUUGCUGAGUAGAACUCAAAAGAAGAAGAAGAAGAAGCAGUUCCAGACCGUGGAUCUCAAGGUCACCAUGGAUUGUGAGGGCUGUGAGAACAAAGUGAGGAAAGCUGUUUCUUCACUGAAAGGUGUAAAAUCUGUGGAGACAAGCAGGAAAGACAAGAGGGUGAGUGUUACUGGGUAUGUGGAGGCAAAGAAGGUACUAAAGAAGGUUCAGGACACAGGGAAAAAGGCUGAGUUUUGGCCUUAUGUACCCUACAAUCUAGUUGCCCACCCUUAUGCUCCUCAGGCCUAUGAUAAGAAAGCUCCAGCUGGUUAUGUCAGGAAUGUUGAGAGCAUUGUUCCCACAAACUCUGAUGACAAGCAAGAAGAGAAGAUGACAUCCAUGUUUAGCGAUGAUAACCCUAAUGCCUGCUCCAUUAUGUAACUCCUCUCUCUAUAAACUGGAAUGGCUAAGAAUUGCUCAUGGGUUCUUUUCUCUCUUUGUAAGUUUUGAUGGGGAGGGAGACCCUACUUACGGGUUUAAUCCCCUUCCCUUUGUAAGUUUUUGAUGGGGGUACCACUUGUCAUGUGGUUUCUUCUCUUUCCAUAUCUCUGUAACUUUUGGUGGUGGAUAAAAAUUAUAUGUUCAUCUGUAUAUGUUUAAUACUUGAAUUCCCACCCUUUUUAGGCCAGAAAAAAAGGGGGGAGAUUUUUCAUGAGAAAGUAUUCUAUGGUUUGCUG